GCAAUCUAACGGGUCGGAGAGCCAACGAUAGAGGAGAGAGAGGGUUUCAGACUUUCAGAUUUGCCCCCUUUGCAAAACGAUUUUUGUCCUUCGUUUCUCUGCGAUUCCGCGAAGGAUUCGCUUGGUUUUCAAGGAUUUGAUUGAAGAUAUGGGCUCUGAAGAUGCUGAUCUUUUGGAUGGUGGUGGUGGUGGUGGGAAGCUUUCACUCAGUCCCUCGUCGGUGUCAUGCUCGAUUUGCCUCGAGCUUGUGACUGAUAAUGGGGACAGAUCGAGGGCAAAGCUGCAAUGCGGGCAUGAAUUUCAUCUUGAUUGCAUUGGUUCUGCCUUUAAUGCUAAGGGAAUGAUGCAAUGCCCUAAUUGCCGAAAGGUCGAGAAAGGUCAAUGGCUUUAUGCUAGUGGAUGCCGUUCAUUUGCCGAGCUUAGUGUGGAUGACUUGACCCAUGAUGAGGAUCUGUAUGAUCUAAGUUAUUCUGAAAUGCCAUUUGGAGUCCAUUGGUGUCCAUUUAGCGGAUUCUCCCGAGUUCAUUCAGCAUUUGAGGAAGGUGAAUCUCCAUCAACUGCAUAUCAUGAUCUGCUGGGACACCAUGCCAUCUUUGCUGAACAUACAGCUGCAUCAUCUGCAGCCCAUUCUUGCCCUUACAUUGCCUACUUUCAACCACUUCAACCUUCAUCCUCGACCUCAAGUGAGAGCCUUGCAGAUGGUCCUAAUUUUAACCAUCACUGGAACAGUCUGUCAGGACCCAGUGAUAUCACAGCUUCCCAUGCUUUUCCUGCUGUGGACCUCCACUAUCAUAGUUGGGGCCACCAUUCUCCUCCUUACUCUCCAACCAAUGGUCGCAUUGGUGGUGCUGAUCAAUCUUCGGCUCCAUCUUCAACCGUGGGAUCAAAUAGGGGUGAUUCUGAUAGUAUACCAAGGUCGGGAUCUUUUGUGCACCCUUUUCUUCUUAGUCAUGGAUCUGGUCCUCGGGCUGGGAGCUCAGUGGUUUCCCCAAUUGUGCCACCUUAUCCAGGCAGCAGUGCUCGGGCCCAUGACCGGAUCCAAGGUCUCCAUGCUUACCAUCAACAGCAGCAGCCUAACAAUUCAGCGGGCAUGCAUUCACCUCCUAUCUUUUCAGCCAUGAGGAGAACCAGUGGUCCUAGGGGCUUGGCUCCUGUAGGGCCUGUGGCCUCAUCGUCUGAUCAUGCUGGUGCCUUCUAUGUGUUUCCAUCUUCAGGCUCAUCUGGUCGGAGCCUCCAAGAAGCCGAGAAUCCAGUACGAGGCCGUUUCUAUGCAUGGGAAAGGGAUCGCUUUGCUCCAUUCCCAUUGAUCCCGGUUGACAGAGAGUCGAGUUGGUGGGGGCCAUUCCAUCAGGCUGCCGGUGGGUCAGACUCUGGCAUCAGGCCUAGUGGGUUUUGGCAGAGAUCCGAGAGAACAUCAUCACAAAGUCGGUUGGAGAGUUCUUUUCAGCCAGUUCAUCCUUCUGGUCGGAUGCUUCCUUUCCUAUGAAAGCACACAACACCAGACUAAACAAAAUUAUAUGUGAAAAAUGAUAUAAAUGCUGCAAGUCUGUAAAUUCCGGCGGACGUUAUCGUUUCUGCGUGACCCCUUAAAACUGAAAACUAUCAUUUGGAUGUCAUGCGGCUGUGUGGUGACUUUGGUUUCCUCUAAAUUUCUCGGCCCUGAGGAACACAAAUAAUAUAAUCUACUGGAAUGGCAAGAAAUGAGGAAUUCUUCUUAUUUUAGGCCUU